AUGGAGCAGAAUGCCUACAAUAGGGCCUGGUGGAUUGAUCACCUAGGCCAUGCUCUUCCCGCCGAGUGGACCCUCAGACUUGUCCAACGUGAUGAUGAGGCGGAUGGCUUCGUGGUCCUUGCAAUUAGCAAGAACGAGGAGUACCUCUACAUGAUUGAUGUUUUUGGGUUCUGCGUCGAACCUGAAGAGUCAAUGUAUUCGAUUUCCAAUUUAUGGGACCGCGGAGCAUCGGUUACUGGACGAGUUCGUGGGGCUCGAGUUGAUCCCGAUGCUGGGUCUAAGAGAACCCUGAACGUGGCUGCUGGCUGGAUACACGACUGUGUGUCAAACCACGGCGGCUGCCACCCGCUUCAAAGCCCACUUCCCUCACGAAUUCUUGACCUGGAAGCUUUUGAUGACCCAAGCAAAAUCCGCCUGUGGGAGACGAAAGGCACGACGAGAUCCGAUUCCUAUGUGACCCUCAGUCACUGUUGGGGAGUUGAUACCUCGCAUCAUGUGAAAACUACACAUGCAACACUCCCUAGUCGCUUGGACACUAUCAUCGUACAGGAGCUCCCCCAGACUUUCCAAGAUGCAAUCAACGUCACACGCCAUCUUGGCAUACGCUUCCUCUGGAUCGACUCUCUCUGCAUUUGCCAAGAUGAUCCUGAUGACUGGGCCAGAGAGGCUGCUGCUAUGCAGCGAGUCUAUGCCGGAGCAUUCUUAACCAUCUCCGCGGACGGUGCGCCAGGGUCUGCGCAUGGGCUGUUGCAAAGGCGGGAACGAAGGCAUGUGCCUAUACCAUUGAAAUUUACCCCUGACAACACCGGCUCAGCCAGUGCCACAAGACCGAAGGAAACUAGUGUACCUGCGUGCGCCUUUGAGUUCCCCCCGUGGGAGGCAUUCAAGAAGCGCGUUUUACUCGCGUUGAUGGGUCAGCCUCUAUCAUACCGGGCCUGGGUCAUGCAAGAACGUCUCCUUUCCCAUCGCGUGUUGCAUUUUACGACUGAGCAACUCUUCUUUGAAUGCAAUUGCCACUUUCUAUCUGAAGAUGGCAUCAAAAUCUUGGACAGUUGGAAUUCUUUAGACCUGGGGGGUGAUAAAACAUUGUUUGACCUGUCCCCGGUUUCCAACAUUCACCGAAUGUGGGACCUCAUCCUGGAAGAGUUUACUACACGACAACUCACGGUCAAAACGGAUUGGUUCCCGGCUCUUUCAGGGUUAGCAGCUCAGAUCAAGGGCAAGUUGAGCGCUGAUGCGGCGCGAGACAAGCCAUCGGAUAACCCUCAGGAUGUCGAAUACGUCGCAGGCCUCUGGAGCGACGCUUUGGUCAAAGGGCUGGGCUGGAGCCCUUUUAACCGAAUGCAAGAAGGUAUCGCUUUUCCAGAUGAACGGCCUCUGCCAGGAGACAAAGGAUACAUUGCUCCAACGUGGAGCCCAGCUUCAUUCGACAGGCAUUCAGUUCACAACACGGCCGGCCCCUGGGCUGACAUUGCAGUUGUUACUGGCUACAGUGUGACGCCCAAGACUAUUCAAAACCCGCUCGGCGAAGUUGUGGAGGGUUGGAUCAGCCUGCGAGCUCCCGUGGUGAAACUGGAGCAAAGUGAGCUGCCAGACACUGAUGAGCAUGUCCGGAGCAGGAGACAACGGUUUCUAAGGCUAUGCACGCCCCACGGUGACCGAUAUGAAUCGGUUGUGGAUUUCGAUGGACUUGGACGUCACGCCGCUGAGACACGCUCCUGGGUUCAACAGAAUGAGAUAUUGGCAUAG